UCUGCUGGUGGUGAAAGACUGCACAAUGUUGAGCCCAGGGAGGGAGUGCUAUUGUUCAGAUGUGUUUAUGUGCCACAUGAGCUCCUCACCUUGGAUUCAUGGUUUCUUUUUAAAAGCAAGCUCUGCUGGAACUGGCAGUCUGGCAAGGAGGGAGGGGGGGAAAUGGAAGGGAACAAGCGGCUCAUGCGAGUCAUCCAGGAAAUGCGCUCCGAGAUCAUCAAGCUAGAGAGGGAAAACAGAGCACUUCGUGGGGAACUGAAAUUUGGUGGGCAAAAGGGAUCCAAACAAGAGGAAGGAGCAGAAGAUAAAGCCAAAAAGGAGGAAACUCAGAGCCUCCCAGAUGCAGACGAUGAAGCCAGUGGUUCUCCCGUGGCACUGCGCAGGAAUGCCUCAGCUGACUCAGCUCUGAUGCUACAGGAGCAAAAAGGUAAUAUUAUGACUGUCAGACGUUAUUCCAUCUCUUCAUCUGUGCCUUCACUUACUGGCAAAAAGCAUUAUAAAUCCGAAAAGAGGAAUCCAUUCAAAGGAGCUCUUGAAGUAAAGGGUAUAAUCAAACCACCAGCCUUUCCUACAGAUGUGCAAAUAACCAACAAAGAAGAGAAAGGAUAUUCAAAAGUACCAUCGGAUUGCCUCUCCAGUAUUGCACCAAAUAAAAGGCGAUCUUUCCAAGACCAUGUUUACAAAUGCAGGGGUAAAGUAAAGGCCGUCAGUUUUCUGUUACCAGUGGACAUGUCACAUUAUUCGGAAAAUCAACGUUCUUUCACAUGCCCACAAAAUCAGAACACAAAACAGUUAAGCACCAUUAUUGAAAAAGACAUGUGA